AUGGCACGGGACCAAGGUGGGCUGGGCAUCAAACGACAACGAAGGAUGAAUGAGGCUUUACUUAUACAGCUCAGGUGGCGUUUUCUAACCAACAACAACGCGCUUUGGGUUCAGGUGUGGAAAGCAAAAUAUGGUAAUGCUCCUUUCGAGGAUGUGUGGGGCCGUAAGCGCACAGGCUCAUCCGUCUUUCACGCUCUUCGUAAAAUAUGGAGAUAUGUGCUUGCUGGGGCCCGCUGGGGUAUUGGAAACGGGGAAACGGCAGACUUUUGGAAAGAUAAAUGGGCAAGCCCAUCCUCUAAUCUGUACGAUGUGGCUCUGGGGACGAUCCCAACGGUAUUACUGGACAGGAAGGUUAAUUAUUUCGUAACAGAGGGGGGCUCUUGGAGAUGGGAGUUAUUCUCACCAUAUUUACCGACGAGGGCCAUCUUACAAAUUGCGGCUACACCGUCGCCACGAGCAGGCUCGGGCUGCGACCGCCUCUACUGGAGCCCAUCUCCCACCGGUAAGUUCUCGACAAAGUCUGCUUAUGUCCUAUUAGAGAAUGGUGGUGCUGAGGACCCGUCUAGGAAAAUUCUGUGGCGCACCAUUUGGCGCUGGCCAGGACCCCAACGAAUUCGUGCUUUCCUCUGGCUCCUAGCGAAGAACCGGUUUCUUACCAACGUGGAAAGAAGCAGACGGCAUCUGACGACUAAUACCGCAUGCGUGAUAUGUGGACGAUACGAGAAAACGGCUCUUCAUGUUGUUCGAGAAUGUACACUUGCAUUGGAUAUAUGGAUACGAUUAUUGCCUAUUAAGGCGCAUGGUGAGUUCUUUACCUUGUCCUUGGAGAAAUGGCUCUCUCUUAAUUUGUCUCACUCGUCUUUUUUUGGACUGGAGAAUUGGCCAUGUACUUUUGGGGUGGUUGCAUGGAAAGUGUGGAAAUGGAGAAAUGAGUUUAUCUUUCAGAACAAACGCAUGGAUAUUAGAGGAGCCAUGAUGGAGAUUGCUACAUAUGUCGAGGGCCUGAAGAUCACAUUUGAUGGAAAUAAGAAGCUUGGGGGGACGGGUUCUUUUGGUGUCCCACGAUGGCUAAGCUGGGAUAAACCGUAA